GAGGCAGCACUCAACUCAACAUGAAAUGCAAUUUCAAUGGAACCCUGCUGAUCAGUGUGCUCCCUCCACUGUUGCUGACAGAGUUUGUUUUGGGAGUCCUUGGAAAUGGUUUGGCUCUCUGGAUCUUCAUCUUCCGCCUGAAGCCCUGGAAGAGCAGCACGGUGUUACUCUUCAACUUGGCAAUGGCUGAUUUUCUGCUCCUCUUGGCUUUGCCUUUCCGUGCAAGCUACUACAUGUCUGAGAUCAAGUGGAUGUUUGGAGUCCCUCUGUGUAACAUCUGCCUCUUCAUGUUGGCAAUGAACCGCAGUGGAAGUACCCUCUUCUUGAUGGCUAUCGCUGUGGACAGGUACAUGCGCGUGGUGCAUCCCCAUAAUUCCAUCAACUCUCUGAGUAUCUCCAAAGCCGUGUGUGGAGCAGUUGCACUAUGGUUGGUCACAAUCUCAAUGACAGCUCAUGUUUUCAGUCUGAAUCACAGCAACACAACCUACUGCGAGAGCUUCAUGAUUGAAACUGAAUCUCAGUUUACUAUGAACUGGCAUACGUUUGUGUUUCUCUUUUCCUUCUAUAUGCCUCUGCUUGUGAUUCUCUUCUGCACCUUCCAGAUUAUUGGUCACCUGAGAAGGAGACAGUUGGCCCACCAUGCAAAGAUUAAGACGGCUCUUUACUUUAUUACAGUCGUGGCCGUGAUCUUCAUGAUUUGCUUCCUCCCGAGCAACAUCACGCAGCUGCUGAUUUCGAUCAAGACCAAUCAAGUAGCCAGCAGCCGCCCCGAAUCUGAAGUCUGCCCUGCUCUGGAAAAUCUGACCACCGGGUUUUACCUCACCAUUAGCCUGACCUAUCUCAACAGCGUGUUGGACCCUGUCGUUUACUACUUCUCCAGCCCUGCCUUCAAGAACAUCUGCAGGAAAGCUCUUCAUCUGUCCCAAACAGACGUUGCUGAAAGUUCAGAGAAGAAAACUCGAGAAACAGGCUCCCAGUCGAUCAGCCAGCUGUGAUCAAGUAAAUCAUUGAGAUGAAUGCAGCCCCGCAGCUUUAAUUUGGUUUAAAAGUGACAUGUUUCUUUCAAAGUUGGUAUGUAAAUCCUGCAGCGCAUAAUCCAGUAGUUACCCAGUAUAUAUCGACUGCACUCGAUUGCCUUUCGAUAUAUAUAAUGCAAUAAUAUAGAUAUGCUAAUGUUGUAAAGUUGUAUUAUAUUUUCUUUUCUCUCUAUGUAUUGACAUAGUUUAGUUCUUGCUAUUGAAGUCCAUUGCAUUAUCCAGAUGUUUUCAUACUUAUUUCAUCAUGUGAAUAAAAUAUCAUCUUGUAAUUCUGAGAAAACUGUAUCAUAAUUAUGGAAAUACAACUGUUAGUAAAAGGAUUUCAUAAUGCGGCAUAGCUUUCUCACAUCCGGUGUUCUUUGGUCAUAACAGGGCCAAUUCAUAUUAAUAACAAUAUAUAAAGGUAAAAUUAAAAUAUUUUUUCCUGGAUUAUAUUAAUUGGAUUUCACUUAACAUGAAAUACACGGACUCAAUAUAUAGAAGUCACUAUAAUAAUUAAGCACCAUAAAUCGAAAUGACCGUGUAUCCAACACAUGUUUGCCUGUUAUAUGUGGCUUUAUUAAAACAGAAUUUAUGGCACAGGACUUCCACUUGGUUGAUUAUAGAAAGUGAAAUAUUCAAUGCCAGGUCUUACUAACUCGAUGUACAUGAAUGAGUGAACAACAUGAUGACGGCAACGGUUUUGUUUACGACUGUAAAUUCAGCAGCAGUUGAAUCUGAGGACCAAUUUAACCCACUAGUUCUCAGAAUAGAUGAUAGAUAUGGUGCAUACCCCAUGACAGACAUAACCAUAUAAAACCACAAACCUCUCCUGCCAUCAAAGAGUAUGCAGGUAACCAUCGAAGGUUAUGUCUUCCACCUUUCUCUCUGUAAAGUGAAUGUACGUGAAACCUCAAAUAAAUGAUGAAUUUAUAAAGAAA